AUGGCCAAAGUCGACUUUCAAGACUUGUCUGGAGCGUCCACGCCUACAACUUCCAACCCAUUCGAUGGUCUGAUCAUUGCUUGUCAUGAUGACCCAAAAUCGAUCCAAGAAAGAUACUCGGCGCAUCGCGUGCUCAGAAAUGAUCAACAACGCCAGAAAAUCCUUGGGUCCGACUUCAAAGGAUGGACUCUCGAUGAGUAUCUUGUUAAGUUAGAUGGCCCACAAAAGGACGAUUCCUUUGCCGAUCCUCGUCACUGUCUGGUUUUCUGGGGAAGGCCGCCUCAAAAGGUGAAGAACUUGAUCCACAUCGUCCAGUCGAAGCUGCAGGAUGCCGCACCUGAUCUGUGGCUCAUGCCGCUCGAGAGACUACAUAUGACCGUCAUGGAGGUGGCGCAUUCCAAAACCAAAGAUGAGAUAGCUGCUUUGGUAGAAACGCUGAAGGCUCACUGCAAAGAUAUUGCUGAUCAUACCUUGACUCACCGAGCCAGGCUCAUCAAGCCUCUGUUAAGUUACGACUCCGCCGCGCUUGCACUGAGCUUCGUCCCUGCUGCUGGAGAGUCGUUGUCCCACGGUCGAACAGUAGAAGACGACAAGUAUACGUACCACCACCUGCGGCGCGAUGCUCAUGCCGCUCUUUCAGAUGCCGGGGUACAAGUUGGUUCGAGAUACGUGGUCCCGUCGGCACAUCUGACCAUUGCAAGGUUCAAUUCGCCGAAUGUCUUCGGUGGUGACCCGAUGGACGAAAGUGCUACCUUGGACCUGAAGAAGCGCAAACACUGGAUCAACGAGAUUGAGAUGAUCAACAAAUGGCUCGAAGCGGAAUUUUGGCCAGAAGAGCACGGCGGUCUGAUCAAGGCUGGUGGAGAGUGGAUUGUAGGUGAAGAGAAAGGGCUCGACUUUCGUGGUGGGCAGUUGUGGUAUGGCGAGGGUGAAACUAUCUAUUUGGGUGAAGGUUUCAGACCUCCAGAAGCCGAGUGA